AUGGAUGAAACAACACAAGAAACAAUGGUAAAAUUACAAGAGAAAGAAGAAAUAAAUGGAGAUAUAUCAAAAGAAAAGAGCAUGAAUGACACUUAUUCUGAAAUAAUGGGUAAGGAAAGAUAUGGUUCUGUUCGCACUUAUGGUUUUGGUGUUUGCCCAUCUGAUGUGUGGGAAAACAAAUCCAGUAAGAAGCGAAAUCAAAGCAAAUAUAUAGAGGCUUUAGAAUCUGAACUAAAAGAGUUAAGAUCUAAAGUUCAAAAUGACAAUGUAGAUAAUACAUUAACUAUACUUGAUAACGUCAAAAGGGCUUGUACAUCACAUAACAAGGAACCUCGACGCCAGCUGUUGUUUUCAUGUUCAUCAUAUGAUACUCCAGUUGUUGAGGUGGGAGAAGUGGUUAAUCAUAAAAGUAUUACUAAUGAUCCUAAAACAAUUGCUAUUGCUCUAGUUAUUAGUAAAGAUUCAUCAAAACAAGUUGGAGGAAAAGAGCUUGGAGACUUUUAUUCCGAAGUUAUUGUUCAAGUUCCUAUCAAGUGUGACAAGCAAUUAAUUAGAGCAUAUAGACAAUUUAAGAAAAUUAGUGAAGUUGUUGGAGUACCUAUUGCAUGGCCAACGGACUUUUUGAUUUCAGAAGAAUCACAUACACAACUUGAUGAUUCAAUAAUGUGA